UCUACAUUCAACUCCAAGGACUGAGACAUUCCAUUGUAGCGGAGCAGAAAGUCCGCUCUGGACGUGCACAAGCGACGCCCCUUUUUGCCCCUUACGGCGAUCUUCUAAUGAGCGCGACCAGAACGGCCGAGACGCGUUGAAUAUCGUAGGCUGACAGCAGAGGAGUCGCGCCUUACGAGCCGUGUUGUUGAAGACAGAAUGGACUCUCUCUCAUUCCAACUCAAAGUCUGGGCAAGCCACCACAGCUUGCGGGGAAACCCAUCUCCUGAUCCUCCCCUUGGAUCGUGGCAGUUAUAUACCUGCUACUCUUCACUCGCAGCUGCAGACCAACUCGAUCACCACACUCGUUGAACAACACCAACUACUUCCAUUCGCUCAUUAACUGAAUUAUACACCAACCGUACUGUCGCUCCUUACGCCAUGCGCACUUCCAACUUGGUUGGUGUUGGCCUCGGCCUCACCGCGACGCUCAUUAGCUCGGCCUUGGGCCAGACUUCGAUCUACUGUUGCACUACCGGCGUCAACAUUUACGUGACGCAGACUGUCACGCAAGUCUUUGCAACCCCGGUCCUCAUCGAUGCCUUCAUUCCCGCCAACACCGACAUUGUCAUCAACGACGGCUUGACUAUUCCCGUCACCGACGCGCCGACGCACCUUGUGACUGAGGUCAUCGCUCUCCGCACCUCGACAACCGUCUCGGUUAGCAGCACUGUAGUUUCCGACUAUCGACUUUGCUCCACCAGUGGUUCCAGCACUAUCGUCGUGUCUACACUGUCGAGCAUUGAAAGCUCGUUCACCGCCGCCACAUCGGGUGCCACGACCUCUGAGGGUGGCAGUUCAAUUGUAACUGGAGCCAGCGCUGCUACUUCCACGGGAGCUGUGUCUACCUCCGAAGGUGGAAGCACAACCGCUGUCGGACCAUCCAGUGUGGUGUCAUCCAGCACCGAGUUACCGGUAACCACCACCGUGGUAUCCAGCACCACGACAGCGUCAAGCACCCCCUCCUGCAUUCCUCUGGACACGCUGCCUCUAGUAUGCGGAACGCAACUUCCCGCAGCCUGCCUGACCCUCCCCCCAACCCCCCUCGCGGCUGACCUUACGGCGUGCGGAACCGCCUUGGGCACGUUUGACGCCAUUCCUGCACUCGCAGCCUGCCUUGUCCCGGGUCUGCUGUCGGGGGCUGAGGUCGAAACUUGUCUCCUCGAAGCCGUCGAAGGCAUCUGCAUCCAAGUCCUGCCGGAGGCGUGCCUAGUCCUCAACACCAUCCUCCUCCCAGUCGCAUCGGAAUUGGACGCAUGCCUCGACUCAAUCAUCCCAUUCGCCACCGUCACCGUCACCGACUGCCUGAACAUCGUCGGUCCAACCUCGGGCCCCGGCGCCCUAGCCUGCGUCGCCGCCAGCCUGAACCUCGCACCCAUCGACACCGAGCUCGCCGCCUGCCCGGCGGACAUCACCGGGGCCAUCUUCGACUGCCUGACGCUGCCGGCGUCGUGCCAAGCGUUCGCGGGCAUCCCCCUCGGCGACAUCUUGGACCUCGGCACGGUCUCGGUGAACUGCAUCACGGACCUGACCGCGGACGGGAUUGCGCCGAUCGGCGCUUUCGUCACCUGCGCCACCAACAUCGUGGGGUUCAGCGGCGACCAGAUCCUGACCUGCCUCAACACGCAGGUCGCGGACACGUGCCUCACCACGCUGCCCGCCGCCUGCCUGGACCUGGCCGAUGUCACCGACCCGGCCACCAUCCUCGCCGACCUCCCCGCUUGCCAGGCCUCAAUUGGCGUCUAUCUCACGCCCGACGCAGCGACUUGUCUGGCUGCGCCCAUCACCACCGGUCGGAAUUUGGUGCUCUGCCUCAUAACGGCGUUGACUCAGGUGCCGAUGAUUUAGGCCCCCCCCUGAUACUGGUUGUGCGUCGAAGUUUUUGCCGAGGGGGGGCGCAAUGUAAUGGAGCUUAUAAAUACGAAGAGGGGAACUGAACCUUUCAUUAUCUUUUCAGGGUAUUCUGCCUUAGCUUUAGUCUGCCGAGAAGCAUCAAGUCUUCCAAGUCUCGCCGUGUUGAAAUACCGAAUACCUGCAUUUGAAGGAGUUCACCCCAGACCUUUUCCUUCCCGACCGUUGACAGCUUGCUCUGGGCAUCUCUUCCCGUGUGCUAACCGUGGC